AUGAUCAAUUGCAGUUUGUUUUUAAAAAUUAGGCCAAAUCAAUGCAGUUCAUUUAGAAAUUUUAUUUUCUGUGGGUUUUCUAGUAUAGUUCCCAAGAAAACACUUGGUUUAAACAAAGAAAUUUAUUUUAUAAGAAGUGAGUUUCGCUCCUUCGCGGUAGGAACUUUCGUUAGAAGAAAGGAACAUUUAAACAUCGGUACGAUCGGCCAUGUCGACCACGGAAAGACGACCCUUACAGCUGCUCUAACAAAAGUAUGUAGUUCAGCAGGUGUGGGAGAGUACGUUCCGUACGACUCCAUAGAUAAAGCUCCAGAGGAACGUAAAAGAGGUAUAACAAUCUGUGCCACACAUGUAGAAUAUGAAACUGAAAAUCGACAUUAUGGACAUGUGGACUGCCCUGGUCAUGCAGACUAUAUUAAAAAUAUGAUUUCAGGAGCUGCUCAAAUGGACGGAGCCAUUUUGGUGGUUUCAGCGCCUGAUGGACCGAUGCCCCAAACUAGAGAACACAUUUUACUCGCCAGACAAAUAGGAGUACCUCGACUUGUAGUUUAUUUGAACAAGAUGGAUCUACUUGAAGAUCCUGAGCUACUUGAGUUAGUUGAGUUAGAGAUCCGUGAAUUACUUUCUGAGCACAAUUAUGAUGGUGACUCUACACCAAUUGUGAAGGGCUCAGCAACAAAAGCAUUAAACGAUGACCCAGAAUCAGUUCAAUCUAUUAAAGAUUUGCUAAAGGCGUGUGAUGAAUAUCUAUUAACGCCUGAAAGAAAAUCAGAUUUACCACUUUUGAUAGCUGUUGAUGAAGUAAUGUCUAUUCCAGGAAAAGGAACUGUAGUUACAGGAAGAGUGGAACAAGGAAAGAUAAGACCAGGUGACUCUAUUGAGAUUAUUGGAGGAAAGAAGGCCGGGAAAAAAAGUACAGUUGUUGGUUUGGAAAUGUUUAGAAAAACUCUGGACGAAGGAAUUGCAGGAGACCAAGUUGGAAUUUUGCUGAAAAAUGUCAAAAAGGAUGAUGUUUCUAGAGGAUUUGUUAUAACUUGUCCCGGAAAGUAUUCAUGCUAUGAUUCCUUUGAUGCAGACUUGUAUGUACUAACACAUGAAGAGGGAGGAAGAAAAAAUGCCUUUGUGUCAAAUUAUAGGCCUCAGGCCUUUAUAAGAACAGGUGAUAUUAGUUGUUCAGUUCAUCUUCCCGAAAAUGUGCCCAUGGCUGCUCCAGGAGAUAGUUUGCGUUGCAAUAUUAAACUUUUGCAUCAUAUGCCUCUACACGAAGGACUUAGGUUCGCUUUGAGGGAAGGUGGAAGAACCGUAGCAUCGGGAAUAAUUUCUAAAGUAAACCCAUAA